AUGGCACCGCACAGAGUGCUGAGAUUGUGCCACAUGCUGGUACUGGCCCUGUGUGUAUCUUCAAACGCCGACUUCGACUGGACCAGGAAUGACAGAGGAUCCUUCUACUACGGCACUUUUCCGACCGGGUUCUCGUGGGGAGCCGGCAGCUCAGCGUAUCAGACAGAGGGAGCAUGGAAUAAAGACGGCAAAGGGAUGAGCAUCUGGGACGUGUUCUCCCACAAAAAAGGCAAAACCUAUCUGAACGACACCGGAGACUCGUCCUGUGAAGGCUACUAUAAAUUCAAGGAUGAUAUCUCGCUGAUGAAAGACCUUAAGUUGAACCACUAUCGCUUUUCUAUCUCCUGGCCAAGGAUCCUGCCCACUGGAAUAAGAUCGGAACAAGUCAACGAAAAGGGAAUCCAGUACUACAAUGACCUUAUUAAUCAGCUCCUGGAGAAUAAAAUCACUCCAAUUGUGACUCUCUAUCACUGGGAUCUUCCACAGGCUUUGGAGGAGCACUAUGGAGGUUGGCAAAACAGUAGCAUGAUUGACUUCUUCAAUGAUUAUGCCAACCUGUGUUUUGAGAGAUUCGGAAACCGGGUGAAAUACUGGAUCACUUUCAACAAUCCAUGGUCUGUGGCUGUUGAAGGCUAUGAGACUGGGGAACAUGCACCUGGACUGAAGCUGAGAGGCACCGGUGCCUAUAGAGCCGCUCACAAUAUCAUUAAGGCACAUACAAGGGUUUGGCACACGUACGACAUAAAAUGGAGGAGUAAGCAAAAAGGCAUGGUGGGCAUCUCCCUGUCUGCUGACUGGGGAGAGCCAGUGGACGUCACUAAUCAGAAGGACAUUGAGGCAGCCGAGAGAUACGUGCAGUUCUAUUUUGGUUGGUUUGCCACACCACUCUUUAAUGGAGACUAUCCUCAAGUGAUGAAAGACUAUGUAGGAAGGAAGAGUGCACAGCAGGGCUUAAGCACCUCUCGCCUGCCCACUUUCACAUCCCAGGAGAAGAGCUACAACAAAGGCUCUUGUGACUUCCUGGGCAUUGGUCACUUCACCACUCGCUACAUCACGCAGAAGAACUACCCUUCCAACCGUGGGAGUAACUACUUCACUGACCGCGAUGUGGCUGAGCUAGUGGAUCCUCACUGGCCUGACCCUGGCUCCGAGUGGCUCUACUCUGUCCCAUGGGGUUUCCGCCGCUUGCUGAACUUUGUUAAGACACAAUAUGGAAAUCCAAUGAUUUAUGUGACUGAAAAUGGAGUCUCUGAGAAGAUGAUGUGCACAGAGUUAUGUGAUGAAUGGAGAAUGCAGUACCUCAAGGAAUAUAUCAAUGAAAUGCUUAAAGCUGUUAAUGAUGGAGUGAAUGUGAAAGGAUACACAGCAUGGUCACUGCUUGACAAAUUUGAGUGGGAUGAAGGCUACUCUGAAAGAUUUGGCUUGUAUUAUGUGGAUUUCGGCAGCAAAAAUAAACAACGUUACCCAAAAGCCUCUGUUCAGUACUACAAACGCAUCAUCAGCUCCAAUGGCUUCCCAAAUCAGAGAGAGAUUGAGAGCUGGAAAAGGAAAGCAACAGAAACAUGCUCCUCCAGUAACCAGCUUCUAGCUGCAGAUCCUCUGUCAAGUCACAUGGAGAUGGUCACAGAGAUUGUUGUCCCCACUGUGUCCACCCUCUGUAUUCUCAUCUGUGCCAUAUUCCUUAUGUUUCUGCUGAGGGCUCGAUUCUAG